AUGCCCAAAGACAAAGGGAAAACGGUCCCGUCGGCGCCAGGACUAAAGGACGUCGUCAUUCCCGGUCCAGAUCGUCCCUUGAUCCCGAGAACUAGGGGGUACCAGACAGCCAGGGAUCCCGGGCACACCGGCCGUUUCUGGCGGCCUACCUCCACGGCGGUCAAACUGUACUUCACGCCGCUGUUUCGCCGCUGGCUUCGGGACGGACUUCCCCCGUCCUACAAGCCAAACUAUGGCAUGGAAGGGAUGGACACGAAAAUCGAAGACUUGGUGGGAAACGCACUGCAGGUGAACGGCCCGCUGGUGGACUUUCACCUCUCCAAACUCGGCGGGGAUGUGGCGUCACGACUCCGACGCAACUACGGCACGGGUCUCGCGGAGUUCGAGGACACAAUCCCCCCGACCACCUUCUCGUACCUGAUGCUGCUCAUGAAGAAGUACGGCGCCCAGGUCAGCGUGAAGAACCCGGGGAAGAGCGGCAUGUACGGGCGCGUGGACGUGAAGGUGACAGACAUCCGUGUCCUGAGGAACAUUCUCCAUGGGGCCAGGACAGAUGGACGCAACUACCUGGUCAAGCUGCACUAUGACCGGGAGCGGACCCCCAGUGAUGAGACUGUCAGCCACUACAGGGGGAAAAGUGUGGUCAUCGCGAAUGAGACCAGGCCAUUUGAGAUGAACUACAACAGCAGGAAGGGGCAGAUCAAGGUCCAGUUUUACAGACAGACGUAUGACAGGAACGGUCUGGCACAGAACACAAUGCCCGGAAUGUAAAGUGCGAUUUAGAUUUUUCCAGUCUGUAAAUAUACCAUGAUUGCGAUUUAGAUUUUUCAACUCUGUAAAUAUACCAUGAAACACACUAGCAUCUGUUCAUCUGUUCUUUUAUCUUUACUUUAACCGAAAA